UAUCAAGAACACAAACAAUCUUUUCAACAACCACCACGUUCCUUCGAAUUCGAACAAUUUAAAGAAGAUUUGAUAUCUUUCGAUCAUUCUCUACACAGCCAAAAUGUUCUCUUCCAUCGCCACCGCUCUUACCUUGGCCUCUGUUGCCGCUGCCACUGGCGUCUCCAUCACUCCCCACGACAAGUUCUCUUCCUCUGUCGGAGUCUUGGGCUGCCACAUCGACACCAACCGUGUCGCCUACUUCCCCAGCUUCCCUAGCUGCGACAGCCUUUGCAUCAAGGUCAAGACCGAUAAGGCUGAGCUCUUCCUCCUCCAGAUCGAUCAGUCUGGUGGUGCCCACGACAUCUCUUAUGAUGCCUGGAACAUGCUCAACUCUGGCGAGUCUGCCACCUCGAACCCUACCAUGGGCGGCGGUAUCCCUGCUGAGGUUACCCCUGCCGACAUGAGCGACUGCGCCGACCUCAUCAAGACUCCCGAUGGCAAGCUUCCCUUGAUGGCUGCCAACUCCAUCGGCUUCUACGUUGGCUGCGGCGCCGACUCCUGGGUUGGCAAGAACUCUGCUCUCUACAACAUCCAGAACUCUGCUUGCACUAUGGGAUUCAACGAGGUCUGCGAGCUCGAUCUCAACGUCAGCAACCAGCCUUCUUGCCCUCACAUGUUGGGUGCUCAGAACCCUCUCUCCGGCAUGACCGUCGAGGACAUCAACUACGGCACUGGCAAGCUCAGCGCCGCUCAGUAACUUCUUCGUCCAUCAUUUAUGGCCAUUGUGCUACCAAUCUUUACGACCGUCUUUACGAAUCUGUUUAUAGAAAGCCUUUUAUGAUUCAAUGCUUCUUUGUAUAUAUAUCUCUAUACCCGCUUCAGAGCCUGCAGCGCCUGAUGCGACAAACAAACACAAAGGCUCAAUAGGAGUUCCCUUUGUCAACAUUCAUUUCGAAAAUGAAAAAGUCACUCAUUUGGAACAAUCAUUUUAUCAUCUUCUCAGCUUACAUUCUCUUCGUGCAUUCGUGAAAUUUGUUUUGUGAGAUCUCAAUAUGGUCUGA